AUGGCUCCGGCAGCUCGAGCUUUCGCGUUGGUGCUGGUCGCAUUCGGCUGCGCGCUGCUGGCCUGCACAGCCGACGACGCGGCCAACACGAAGACGGCGACGGCUCCGACGUCGCCGUCUAGUGCCGCCGCCGCAGACGCGGCGCCGGCGGCCGGUGGGUGGCAGAAGGCGCACGCGACGUUCUACGGCGGCGCGGACGCGUCGGGCACCAUGGGCGGCGCGUGCGGGUACGGCAACCUGUACUCGCAGGGGUACGGGACGCGGAACGCGGCGCUGAGCACGGCGCUGUUCAACGACGGCGCGUCGUGCGGGCAGUGCUACAAGAUCGCCUGCGACCGCAAGAGGGCUCCGCAGUGGUGCAGGCCCGGCGUCACCGUCACCGUCACCGCCACCAACUUCUGCCCGCCCAACUGGAACCUCCCCAGCGACAACGGCGGCUGGUGCAACCCGCCGCGCCCCCACUUCGACAUGGCGCAGCCGGCGUGGGAGAAGAUCGGCAUCUACCGCGCCGGCAUCAUUCCGGUCAUGUACCAAAGGGUUCCAUGUGUGAAGAAGGGCGGGGUGCGGUUCACCAUCAACGGGCACGACCACUUCAACCUGGUGCUGGUGACCAACGUCGCGACCACCGGGUCGAUCAAGUCGAUGGACGUGAUGAUGGGCUCCAACUCGACGGACUGGACGCCCAUGGCGAGGAACUGGGGCGCGAACUGGCACUCGCUCUCGUAUCUCACCGGGCAGAUGCUCUCGUUCAGGGUGGCCAACAUGGACGGGCAGACGCUGGUCUUCAGGAACGUCGUGCCGUCCGGGUGGACGUUUGGGCAGACAUUUGCAAGCACCCUGCAGUUCCAGUGA